AUGGUCCUGCCCGCGGAGGGGGAGAGCGCCGCGCCCCCGCGGAGGACCCCCCCCCGGGCGGGCCGGGGGAAGGCGACGCCCGCCAUGAGCUCGUCGGCGCUGCUGGCUGAGGGCCCCCUCGACCCGCCGGUGCUGCUGGCCGACAUCAAGACGGAGCCCCCCGAGGAGCUGCUGGCCAGCGACUGCGGCCAGCCCCAGGCCGAGCCCGUCGAUCUCUCCCUCAACAAGUCCAAGGCGGCGGCGGCCUCGGCCCCACCGCCGCCGCCGCCCCCCACCUCGGUCCAGUCCUCCCCCUUGCUGGUGGCUCCCCCCCUCCCCGCUCCCGCCACCGUCUCCAUCUCACCCUCCGGCCUCAGCUCCACCUCGGCCAUCCCGGCCGUCCUCUCGCCCGGCUCCAUCCUGGCCUCCACGCAGGGCAGCGGCGGGCAGCAGAUCCUCCACGUCAUCCACACCAUCCCCUCCGUCAACCUGCCCAGCAAGAUGGGCAACCUCCAGACCAUCCCGGUGGUGGUCCAGUCCCUCCCCGUCGUCUACACCACCAUGCCCACCGAUGGUGUCACCGCCAUCACUGUCCCCCUGAUCGGUGGGGACGGCAAGAACGCCGGGUCUGCUUUUCUUUCCCACCCCCCACCGGUGAAAAUUGACCCGGGCUCCAUGUACCCCAUGGACAUGAACAGCGACAGCGAGGACAGCGCCUCCGAGAGCGGCCCAGCCCCUUUCCAGGACCUCCAGAGAGAGCCGGCAGCACGGGGGCAGCGAGCCGAUUCCCCCGACCUGAAGAAGCGGCGCAUCCACCAGUGCGACUUUGAAGGCUGCAAUAAGGUCUACACCAAAAGCUCCCACCUCAAAGCUCACCGGCGGAUACACACGGGCGAGAAGCCCUACAAAUGCACCUGGGAAGGCUGCACCUGGAAGUUCGCCCGCUCCGACGAGCUGACCCGGCACUUCCGCAAGCACACGGGCAUCAAGCCCUUCCGCUGCUCGGACUGCGACCGCAGCUUCUCCCGCUCCGACCACCUGGCCCUUCACCGCCGGCGGCACAUCAUGAUGUGAGGAGCCCGAGUCCCCGGGGCACCUGGCUGGGACGGGGGGGACAUUGGUGGAAAACAGGGGCGCAUCCCCUCUCGCUCCUCCGGCUGCGGUGGAGGGACUGUGGGAGCGGAGAGACUGAGCUCUGCCCGGCGGCAAGUGAACUGUGGCCGCUCCAGGAGCCCCACCGGCACAAGACGUAAAAAGAUGGUUUCCGGACUGGUCCUCCUUCUGCCUUGCUCCCGUUUCUUGUUUUUCUGGGGCUUCUCCUCCCCGCUGGCAACGUCCGGAGGCUCCUCCUCGACUCCUCACCCGGGAUUCACCCAGCAGUGGCCUCCGGACCUGCGCAUCCGCCUCUUCAGCCUCUUGCCCAUCUCCAUCUCGUGCGCUCGCUGUCCCCUGCCCCCUCCCAGUCCCUGUGGGCAAAAUCUGGGAGCCACGGCAAGGACAGAGGCGGGGGGUGCUCUGCCAUCGCCCCUGUGCAAUAGCUGUCGGCCUCUUUCCUCUCCAGAAAGCCGCUGCCUCUCCGUUCUCAGCCUGCGGCGCGUCCCUGUCCCCGCGGGAGAAGGGACCCUGGCACAUCACCUCUCUCUGCAUCCCUUGGCAUGUGCUGGGCUUCACGGGAGGUGCCGGGGGCACGCAGGAGGGCCAGGAAGAAAAGAAAAAGCAAGAACGGAGAGGGGGGGAGAAACCAGCAACCCAACGGCAACCCACAAACAAGACCACCACCACCAAAACAAAGGGAAACUUUGCGGAACGUGGA